CCCUGUAGCGAACAACAAGCACUCGCGGUUACAGCGAUCACCAUGUCGUCGUGGAAGAUCUUGGUUCUGUUGACUACCUGCUUUAGCGCUCUCCUGGGCGUCCGAGCGCAGCAGGUCAACGUGAGAGACCCCGAGCUGGGAGAAUUUCAGGACGACGGCAAAUGUUUUCCGUUGAAGCAGCCAUGGUUCGUGGCGUUCCGUAACUACGAGGCGGACCCUUUCUUCGGCCUGGCUGCCAAGUGCGUUCGCUUUAGCCCCACGGACGUCCCUUACGUCGACAACGCUACUCACGUCAAGGUUGAGUUCGGGGACCACGACAGUCUGGACCUGAGCGUUCAGCUGGUUCGCACUGAUGGUUAUCACCACCAAAAUGCUCUCCGGGUCUCACCAACAGGAGGAGCACAGGUGGAACUUGACCUCCCGAUCGAUUACGUCGACUGCAGCACCUGCAAGAUCCUCAGACACCCCUACGCAGGCAGGGCAGCGUGCAGUUUACUGGUCACUGCAGAGCACAUCGAGAACCCUCCCAACGCCUGUCACUUCAUCUAUCGACUGCUGUGUGGUGCCACUAAAAUUCCCAUCUACGACGAAAGCUGCAAGAAGCACCACUGAUCACUCCUAUGACGACCACAUCAUCUCGCCAUUGCCCUGUAUAUACCAGAUAAUCGUUUUACAAUUAAGCAAAUGUACAUAUAAAUAUAUC